GCCACUUGCAAGCGGGAUCAAAGGCUUGCAAUGCUUAGAACCCACCGUGUACACAUGCAGAAGAAGAAAGAGGAGGAGGUCGAACAUUUUGAGGAAAAUACCAAUUGGCUGCAUCGUGUUGAAAAUGAAAUGCGACUCCUGGGUCAAGAUGGGUGUAUUCCAAAGGAACUCUGUGAAGACCUGCAGUGUUGCCAUUUAAACCUAGAAGUUAAGGACCUGAAAGCCCAGAUUGAGCACAUGUUAUCUCUGGUGUCCCUUCAAGAUCAGCACUAUAAGCAGACAGAAAAAGUACUAAAUACUUUGCUUCCAGUUCUUCGCAAGCAGUAUCUGACUUUGAAAGAAGCUGGGUUGAUAAAUAAUUUAUCUGAGACUGAAUUUGCAGAGGUUGAGCAGCUGAUUCAAAGACAAAAAUCAGUAGUUUGGGCUGACCAGACUGAAGAAAAAGAACAAAAUCAAAACCAUGAACUGGAGUUGUCAGCUAUCUUUGCAUUCCCACAACUUGUGAACAGACAAAACACUCCAUGCCGUACAGCUUUUGGUACACCAUCGCAAGAAACGAAUAAAAAUACACAGCAAACAGUAGAAUAUGCAGUACCACCACAGAAAAGAACUAGGCGGAAGCUAAUGGACUCUCCAGUCACAGCUGAAAGUCCUGCUGCAUCCAAGCACUCCAGUCUCCAUCAUCUGGAAGAUUCUCUUACCAAGGAAGUCCACCCUAUUAUGUAUACACCAGAAUUUUGCAGAAAGCCAGUACAAAGCUGCUGUACACAGACUGUGGUAAAGAAAGCUUUACAUCUUGCAGGCCUUCAGGAAGCCAAUGCGUGUAAUAUAGAUAUGCCAGUGAAAAAGGCGAGUAUUAUGGACUCCACAUGUGACAUAAUCCCAGAAUGCAAUGAAGCUGAUAUGGACUCAACAGUAAUUCUCUAUGAAGGGACAGGUGAAACAACUGAAAUGUCUACCGACUCCUCCGUGAAGGAAUCACAGCCGUGCAGCAAUAGCAUUCUGCAAAGACUUGGUCUCUCUUCAUUAAAAAGCAAAAAUCCUACUUCAGAACUUGAGAAGCCUUCAUAUAUGGCAAUGACUUCUGCUGCUGAGAGAAAAAGAAAGAUAUUAAGUUCUACAUCGAACACUGGGUUAGGCAGCCAGAGAGACCCUGUUUCUGCAAAACGCAUUCGACAAGAGGUCUUGUUAAGCCAUAGAGCUUUGCGAGUACCCAAAAUGGCAGGAAUUAAAACAAGGAGCUGGAAGCAAGAACAAGAUGUACGAAGAAACCUAGUUAGAAGCCUUUCUGAAGGAAACGUAGCAUUGGGUGUUAAAUCAAGGACACCAAAAAAUCUGUUACUUCAUGUUUGUAAGAAAAAAAGUAGGAUUUAG